AUGGAAGAUUCUGGAAAGCAGGGAGAAGAGAAGUGGACGAAGGAGGGUUUGGAAGAGGUGGAAGCGAUAUUGGGAUACGAGUUCAAGAAUAAGGGGUUAUUGGAAGAGGCGUUUACGCACUCAACGUACGUUGGGGAAAAGUGCUUCAGCUAUGAGCGUUUGGAGUAUGUGGGUGACGCAGUGCUCAACUUGUUGGUCACCAAGGAGCACUUUUCAACCUACACGGAUCUCGCUCCCGGUGACUUGACGCUGCUACGCGCUGCAAACGUCGACACCGAAAAGCUCGCACGUGUGGCCAUCAAACACGGCCUUCAUCGCUAUCUGCGCCACAAGAAGCCUCGCCUUCAAGAAAAAAUUCAGGAAUUCAUAAAGGGUAUUGCAGAAUAUCCUUUGCAUUCUAAUGGGCUAAUUGACGUGCCAAAGAAUUUAGCUGAUAUCGUUGAGUCCACCAUUGGUGCCGUCUUUAUUGAUUGUGGUUCCUCUGUUGACGUUGUAUGGAAGGUUUUCAAAACUUUGCUAGAACCAAUGAUUGAUCCAGGCAACAUACAAAAGCAUCCAGUGACACAGCUUUAUGAAGUGUGUCAGAAACAAAAUCUGAAGAUAAAAUUUGUUGAUUUGUGGAAGGAUUCGAUGUCCUUCAAUGUUAUUAUAGAUGAAAAGUUGGUUGGAACAGGCAUUUAUGGUACUAAGAAACAAAUUGCAAUAAGUCGAGCAGCAAAAGAUGCUUUAAAUAACAUAGACAUAGUGUUAAGUACUAAAAAAGUUACGAACGAACAUGUUUUGUGAAUUGUAAUCUACACUUGUGCCUCAU